AUGCAUCUUAUGUACUAUCUCAACAACGAAGGGAAGCGAGUUUAUACGCUGAAGGUAACUAAAGGAUCAGUUCAACGUUUUUAUGCGCCUGUGGGAAACUGGUUUUAAGUGUGAUAAUUGCUUGUAAUGAUUCCACGUGCGUGUACAGUCUAAAGCAAAUUCUAGUGACAAAAUGUAAACCGAGUCAUUUGGAACGAAAAAUCUCUUGUUUUGCAGAAAAUCGAUCCAUUGGGUCAACCAACAAAGUCCGCUCAUCCAGGUAAUGUUUUUAAUAACAAUUGUUGAUCUGAUCUACGAUUCUCAACCACGAUGGUUCCCAAAAUGUAUCGCUGCAUGUGAGAUCGCACCCGUAGAUUUUGGGAAUUUACCCGAUUUCGUCUUUUUUUCUCUCAAAUUAGUUUACUUGUUCACCUCUGUUAAAGCACAGAAGUUUAUUGGUAAUCAUGAAAUGAAUAUUGUCAAUAAAAUUAAAGUGUUAAAUAUACCAUGUAGAGAGAUGCUCAAAAUUAAAAUGCUAACAGCACAACCUCAAGUUAUGUUCCUAAUAAGGCGAGUUUUUUCUUACGACGGAGUCGGAGCAGUAGUCAGAAACACAGAACGAUACAUACUCGUGAAAAUUAAACGAAUGGAAUCGGAAGAAAGCUGUCGAUGCCGCUUACGACUCCAUCGCCUAUGAUCCAAUAAAAAUUAUAUAAUAAGCUCAAAUAUGCACGCAUUCUGAUUGGUUCUCACUUAUGAUCUAUUGGAGGACAGACGUAUAGAUGACGUCAUCAUUAAAACUUUUUUUAAUUCUUUAUUGUAUAAAACAAAUAGAUUCCAAGUUGCUGUGCAUCUGUUCAGCAAUAGAUCACAGAGGAUGUAAAAAUGUGGUAAGAACAUCAGUGACACAGUGGCAUGGUGUCUUAUACAGCUUAUCUACCAAGAAAAGGACUAUAGUUGUGUGCUAUAAUUUUCUUGGAAAAUCUUGUAUGGUUGUGAAAUGAGGAGUUCUCCUAUCAUUUUGUUUUUUUGAGAUGUAUGCAAAAUAAUAUUCACAUUAUUUGAGAAUUUGACUCUUAAUCUCUUCUCUUUUUCCUCAGCUCGAUUCUCUCCAGAUGACAAGUACUCACGCCACAGAGUGACACUAAAGAGGAGGUUUGGAAUCUUGCCCACUCAGCAGGCUAAGCCUGUCUAUUGAGACACAAAGAAAUUUUGCCUCACCCAGGACUUGUACAGUGAACUGGCAUGAAUAGGACAUCUCCUAUUCAUUGCCUUCAAUUUGUCAUGCCUUGUAGAAAGAGACUUUUGGGAGUUCAAAUGUGAAGGAUUUGUCAGCAUAUCUUUUAUGUAUGGUGUCACGUCAUGAGUUCUAAAAUUAUUUCAGUUAUUGUUGUCAUCAAUAUCAAGUUUCAAAAGUUUAUUUUAAGCAAAGAAUUUGUGCUAAGCACAAGACUUACCAUUGUUCCAUCCCAUUAGUCUAAAUCUUGAUUAAUUAUAGUAUCUCAAUUUCUGAUGAAGCAGAUUUCAGUGCAAAUAGGGUGUAUCAUAUUGUUAAAUCAACACAAACAUGUUUACAAACCUUUCUUAACUUAAGAGCUACUGUUCACAAAUAUGAUAACUGUUUGAUUGUGAAAAAUAUUAUAGUAGUACCCAUAUUUAUGCAUUUUUUGGUGAAGUGAAAAUAGAAAUAUUUGUUUUAGUUUGUGUUUCCUUUCUAAUGUAAGGUAUUGUCUCAUCACUUAACCUUUUAACUCCCAGAUCAAAUUUGUCUUUCUCCUUAUUGUCAACCAUACAAUUCUUAUAAUGCUAGGUCAGAGAAUUUAGUAUUGGAUCAACUAAUUAUCCCCAAAUUGACAUUUUUCUUUAUUCUCAUCACCUAUCUGGUUGAUAUUGUAUUGAUCUUAAAAGGAGAAUUUCUGUCUCCAUCACUUAUGGGAGUUAAAGGGUGAACCCUUUACACCUUAACACUGGUAUUCAUAUUCUCCACACUGUUCGCUUUACAAUUCCUGGGAGAAUUUCUUUGACAAUCAGUAGCUCCUUGAAUUCAUGAUCAUUUUCUUUCUUCUCAUGACUGUUAUAUUUGAUCCACGGGGGAAUUAUGGGC